UUCUUGCUCGACAAUUUUCUCGUCUGCGGCUUCUGCCUCGCGCUUUUAUUCGGGCUCUCCGUCCCGGCCGCCGGCAAGGCGCUCGCCAAGGUGUCAGUGAGCGGCUGGAGCGUCAUCCAAACGGUGUGCGUGGUGAUCAUCUUCGUCAUAUCCGGCGCCACGCUGAAGACGGAGGAAAUCACGCAAGCGCUCAAGGCUGGACGAGGCGCGCUCGGGUACGGAUGGGUGGCCAUAUUAGGCUUGACGCCGCUGCUCGGGUUUAUCCUAGUACGCGUGCCGUACAAACCGAUAGAAUUUCGAUACGGAUUAGCGCUGUUUUGCUGCGUGCCGACGACGCUGACGAGUGGUGUGACGCUCGUGCGAAACGCGAAAGGGAACGUCGCGCUGGCGCUGAUGCUGACGGUGAGCACGAAUCUGAUCGGGGUGUUUACCGUGCCGUUUUACUUCAACGCCGUCGUGGCGAGCGGGCCGAGAGAGAUGGCGAGCGCGGUGAAUGGGGCGGCGAACGACAUGUCGACGCAGGCGGUGAAACUUUUGGUUAAGUUGUUGUUCACGAUUCUGCUUCCGAUCGUGCUCGGGAAGGUUGCGCGAGAGAUGAUUCCAGCAGUGGCGGCGUUUGCGAACGCGCGCAAAGCGGAGCUCACGUUGACAAAUAAUUCGUGUCUCAUCAUCGUCGUUUGGAUGUCCAUCUCCAAGAGCGCCAAAGAGCUCAUCGACACAAACGUAGGCACGAUAUUCGCCGUGCUUUUCGCCGCCGUCCUGGUUCACGUCGUAUUCCUAGCCAUCAAUUACGCCGCCACGCACGCGCUCGGCCUCUCCGGCCCCGAACGCGUGGCGUGCGUGAUGAUGUCCAGCCAAAAGACCCUCCCCGUGGCCAUGACCAUCAUAUCUUACCUCCCCGAAGAUGUCUUUGGCUCAGGCGGUCUGAUAGCAAUCCCAUGCAUCGUGUGUCACAUCACACAGCUCUUCAUGGACGCG